UGCUUCCGGUUUUCCAUGUGCCGUAUUUGGUGUGACUUGACGUAGCUGUGUUUAGUACAGCCAGUGCUGAACUGUUAUGAUGUGUCAAUAAGUUAAAAAGGUGGACGGCACCAAUGAUGAGAGCCCCCUCUCGGUACUUGAGCAGGAAAUUAGAGGUCAUCGUUAUUGCAUGACAAAGGCAGUGGCAGAUUCAUCUUCAUCACUCAUACAGCAUUUCCAUAGUUUUUUCUUCAGUGCGGUAGUACCAUGAAGGGUGGAGGAAGGGGUAAGGAGCCACCUGUUGCAGGGGAGGUCACUGGCAAGCGCCCCAAACGCAAAUGCCUGCAGUGGCACCCACUUCUCUCCAAAAAAGCUCUAGAUUUCUCUGAGGAGGAAGAGGAAGAAGAUGAAGAAGAGCUGGAGAAGCAGCCAAUGUUGUGUGGCCAGGACCAGGGGUCACAGAUGGAGUGUGGAAGCACAACAGAGGAAGUGGAGGAGGAUUCAAAUGAACAGCGAGCACGGCGGCCAAUGAAUGCUUUCCUCCUCUUCUGCAAACGCCACCGUUCUCUGGUGCGGCAGGAACACCCUCGCCUGGACAACCGCGGGGCCACCAAGAUCCUGGCUGACUGGUGGGCUGUGCUGGAGCCCAAAGAGAAGCAGAAAUACACUGACAUGGCCAAGGAGUACAAGGAUGCCUUCAUGAAGGCAAACCCGGGCUACAAGUGGUGUCCCACCACCAGCAAACCAGUUAAGAGCCCUUCCUGUCAGCCAGUCAGCAAUCCCCGCAAAAAGAUUUGGUCCUUCUCUUCCAACCCAUCUAAGGACUCCACCACUGCCAAAAAAGUGCCCAAAACUGACAGCAUGCCACAGUUAAACUUUGCCAUGGCAGAUCCUACUAAGAUGGGAGGCCUUAGCAUGCUGCUGUUAGCUGGGGAACAUGCCCUCACAAACAGGGAGAUCCCUUCCAGCACUAAACCUAGUUUACCUGAGACAGCCAGCGAAGGGGACUGCUUUCCAGGGGAUAAGGAAGAGAUGUUGUCUGGAACAAUACCGAACAGAGUGCCUGAUGUUACUGAAAGCAGGGUCAAGUCUGCUCUUUCCCCACUGGCAGAGUCAUCUAUGUCUGUGGUACCUGAGGGAAAACCAUGCAGACAGUCAGCUCUCUUCCAGCUUGCUGAGAUGUGCCUAGCGUCGGAAGCUGGAAAGAUGGACACAGGUGUAUCUCAGCCUGAGGACAGCUCCUCUGCAGCCUCUUUCCAGAAAACUACAGUCAAGCCAGAAAUCAAGGAGGAGAAAGCAGACACUAACGACUGUCCUCCCUCCUCGUACACAUCAGCCCUCUUACCUUUGCUCUCUACUGUCAGUUCUACCUCCACUGAUGCCAUUCCCCCACAACUCAGCAGCCAAAAUGCAUGUGUCAAAAAAAAGAGCAAGAAAAAAGAGGUGGCCAAGUCAAAUGAUAACAGUGAGAUAACUUGCACAGCAAAGAAGAUCGUCAAAAAGUGUAACCAUGCAGAGUCAAACGUAGACAGUGUUUUCAAUACAAUUGAAGCAGUGGCCAAAGGAGCCUGGAAGGACACUGAGGAGAAGCCCAAGAAGAAGAUCCAGAGCAGUCCUAGUGGUGGAAAUUCUGCUUUUCCCAAAAAGAAGAGUAAGCCCAAAGUAAAGACCUCUGUCAAAGACAAAGAGGAGGAGAUUGAUGAAGACAGCGGGCAGUGUGAACAGAACAGUUCCUCUGAAGUGGAGAUGAAGGAAGAGGUGACUCACGUUAGUCCUAAGUCAGAGGAAGCAAGUAGGGGAAGCACAGACCUUCAGGGCAGCAUGGCAGAACUCCAUCACUCUCCCUGCAGCCCCUCACCUACUAAGCUCAAAGAGGAGGACAAGGGGAAGGAGAGGCAGAGUGAAGUGACCUGUGAGUCCAGCACAGAGAACCGGGGCUCCAGGAAAUCAGAGCGGAGCUGUAAAGGAGCCUUGUAUAAGACCCUUGUUUCUGAGGGGAUGCUGACUUCACUGAGAGCCAAUAUUGACCGAGGUAAAAGAGGUGCUUUCCGUGCUUCUGAUCAUGAUGCAAACUGGUGUGAUGACAGCUGGACAGUUCCACAGUUGGUACCUAAUAACCCCAAGAAGCUGAAAAAGUCCAAGUCCAAAGAUGAAUCUUCACAGGGCCUAGGGAAACUGGAGGAGGAGUUUGAAAAGAAAUUUAACAGCCUACCACAGUAUAGCCCAAUGACAUUUGAUAAGAAGGGGACUACUGUCGCAAAGAAGAGGAAGACUGACAGCUCCACUGUCCAAGAGGAAGCCUCUAGAGUUGGAAAAGGGCCAUCUCCAUCACAGAAAAAGACUUCAUUCCACAAGAUUGUUAGGAAGCACAAACACAAAAAGGAGAGACCAGGUGCAGUGGACAAAGCAGUGGUACAGAGUGAUUCCACCAUGCUGGAUUCAGCUUCAAAAGCCAAAAUAUGUGCCCCCCUUGCCAUAAUGUGCCCAGAUGUCCAGGGCUCCACUAGUAUGGAGAUGCUAGUUGGUAGCCAGAAGAGGAAGGCUAGGAAGACCAAGAUCACACACUUGGUGCGCACAGCUGAUGGCGGUGUGUCUCCAGCUGAGGAGGACAAAACUAGGGACCUGAACCAGGAACAGGAUAAGAAGCCAUUACUCCACCAGAAUUUAUGCAAUGAAAAAGGGUGCUACAGUAAUCCCAGAGCAGAGGAGGCAGAGAGGAGCACCGUUACGCAAGAGCUACCUGCUUUCUUCAGUUUGGCAGCCCUUGCUGAGGUAGCAGCCAUGGAAAACGUUCACAGAGGCCAGAGAGGCUUGGCUGAGAGUCAGAAGAAAGAGCUUGCCCAGACUCCAGUCCUCAUCUCCUGUGCUGAUCAGUGAAACUCUGCUGCUGUUAUGAGAAGCCACAACCUGGACACUGGCAGUGGAGCUUUACUUUCCUCAGUGGUAAGCCCACGCUGAAGUGAGACUUGAACAGAAAGCUUUGGACAGAUUCCACUUUCCCCCUUGUGGUGAAUUUGCUUGAGCUUGGGGUUGAAGGUGGGGGAAAGAGACCUUCUCCUCCUCCUCCCUGCUCCUCGCAAUCUCAGUGUUUUCCCUAAAGCCUUCCUUUGGUUUGAGGCAGGAUGCCUUUCUGAAGCCCUCACCCCCCUUUAGAUGCUCUGUUAGGGCCUGUGGAAGAAACAAGCUGUCCCCUAGUGCAUGGGUUCCCCUAUAGAAAUGGUUGUCAUGGGUUUAUUGUACACUGUUUUGUCAAAUAGAGGCCGUUUUUAAGGUCAAGUCUUGCAGUUUGAACAACUGCAUUUUAGGUAGGAUGAAAACCCAACAAUGCAUUCGUUUUAUAGACGAACACAGCUUUCUGUCACCUUUUUACCUCACACACAUGCCUACUGAAGAGUUCCCUACACCUCCGGUAGAAUACCUCUGUAUUUGAAUAGUUCUUAUCCCUUCCAUUCCCUCAGCUUAUACCCCAAAUUACUUAAACCAGGGUAAAUAAUCAUGAUGGAUAGGCAUCCAUUACCAACUCUUUGCUUAGUGUUUCCCUGUGGUACACUGAUGUGGUGUACCCAAACUACAGAAAAAAAAAUCAUGGUUGAGUAUUUGAUUUAUAUGUUAAGAUGAUGCUACUGUAAAACAGUAUGUGGUAGCUACAAAUAAUCAUGUUGAAUCAUGACUGAAUGUGUAAGAGUACACCUGUGCAUACCCUUGCAUCUGAACUAGCAUUGACAGAGGGUGUUUGUCCUGUUUAUCUGUUAGGUUCACAGUGUCCCUGUCAGGCUUAUAAAACUAUAGGUUGGCUUAAAAACUGCUUCUUGUGAUGGGAAAAUUGUGUGAAAGUGAUUCAAAUAUAGCCUUAACCCUCCCACCUAGACCCUCUUUGCUACCACAAAGCCCUCAACUAGCUUUGUGCUCAAUGCCAUCACAGUCCGGAAGUCAGUGUAAUGUUUUUGAAUAGUGAAGAUGCAGUUUUUGUCGAUACUUGAUCUUAUUGCAGUUUCUGUAGCAAUUAGAAAGGUCAGUUCCUUGUGUGCGACUUAUUUCAUGGAAUAGGUUUUUGUUUGUUUGUUUGUUUGCUUAUUAUGUAAACACUGCACUAAUUUGUAACUGAAGUUUGAGUUGCUCUUGGAAGGGUUAUGACAUGCCUUGUCUCCAACGGGCACAGUGAUUUUACUGUCUCAGUGGUGUCUUCAGUGUCCUGGCUAAAGCCAGCCACAAGCUCCAACAUAAAAGAUCAGGAGUUUGUGAGUGGAAAUGAAUCAUUUGUUGAGUGAAUUGGUUUAAUUCUACAUGUCUCAUAAAAUGAGAAAUUUGGAAAAAAUACAAUGUGGGAAUAAUAUUUCCCGUAUUUCUCUGUUUUUUUGCAGAAACAAAGCAUUGAAUUAAUGUGUUGAAAUCAGACCGUGCUAUGCUAUGGUUCCUCUUAGAGCUAAUGGAGACAAGGCAUUUAAUAAUCAUUUCUCCAUUUGUUUCCUAUUGGCCUUUUGAGAUUUUAUUGCCAAGUAAUGGUCUACUCAGAGGUCACAUGUUAUCAAUGUUUUUGAUUUUUACAAGUAUUUACGUAUAAGAUGCUACUUUAUGCUCUUUACUUUUGGCUUUUCUGUGUUCAUGUUUGGUCAGAAUCAUUCCAUUUCCAUGCCUCUGUCUUGGCCAUACUUUAGCUUGCUGUUUCUCAGCAGUAGGAGUGAGGAAAAAUAAGGACGGUUGCAGUUAAACUGCAGGUUUGUCGUCUUCCUUAGGUUCAGUGGAACCUGAAAGAGCUGCCACAGACUAGUGGAGGAUAACUGAGAGUUACAGACUCUCCAACAAUACCCCUCACCUCCUUACCUAGCAGCCUUUUGUUCCUCUGUGUAGACCAAUACUUAAUUUAUCACAUUUUGGAUUCAAUCACAUUUAUAACUUUUAUAGCUUUUUGUUUUCUGUUUGAUUGUUCUUCUUUUAAAGUUUGUGCAUUUAUGAUGCUCUUUUAACUAGGUCCUAUGAACUUCAAUGGUUUAUCGUGAGUUCAAGUUUACUGGAUUAAGACUGUUGUCAAAAAAGAUCAAGCUUAUAGACAAUUAAUGCAUAUAUGCUUACCUGCUAAGCAAAUGGGCACUGAGAUAAAAUGCACUGUCUCUAGACCUCUGGAGGAGUGUAUUUGACUGUGACUGCAUCCCCAUUUCUCAGUUAUGUUUUCAGAUGUGUUGAGAGUGCUUUCAGACACUUAAUGAUAGGACCAACACAUAAGAAAUGAAUGGGUCUUAGAGAACUCAUGCAUCUUGAAAGAGUAUUUUUCCUAAAUCAAAGCAUUGCUACAUGGUAAUAAUGCUCUGUUAAUGUAGGCCUUUGUGUGCAAAUGUGGAGCACAUGCAAAAAAUCUGUAAUUACUCUCUAAAUUUGUCCUUACAGUCUAACAAACUAACUGCAAAUGUUUCCCAGUUAAGUUUAAGGAAACCACAGUAUGCUUUACGAUAAUCUAAUAAUAAACGGCAUAUAUAUAUUUUUUCAGAUGUGAGAGAAAGUUAAAUUAAGGAUGAUAUCAUCCAAGCAGUAAAGUGUAUAGUUCUUCCACUGGUGGACAUCAGUGUAGUUCUUUGCUAAGACAAAGAAACUGUCUUCCCCCAGAAUAGAGAUAUAUUUGCUUUUAGCCCGUGAGUUUAUUGACAUUUGCCAAAGAAAAGGAAAAGGUAUAUUCAAAUGAAAAUCCUGUAUAUAUAUAGAGAAAACAAACAAAAAAAGAAAUAAAACAAAGCUAGCAUAACAGUUGCACUGCAUUUUCUAGGUGUGUAAAUCUUCAGGUAACAAUAUCAGCACAAUUCAUCCUGUGUAUCUAAUGGGCUUUCCUUGGUGUUUGAACCCAGAGUUGGAAUGAAGUGCAACAAAAGGGCACCACUCAAUGCCUCUUUUAGUAUACAGUAUUUGCACCUUAUGACCCAAACCAAAAUGAUCAUGAUCUUUGAAGAAAAUAUAUAAUUUUUACCCACUCUCUGGAAAUUAUGCAUUUUAACUGUUGAAUAUGCGAGAAUCCAGUCAAUAACAAAUCCACACAUCUACAAAACAGCCAUAAUACUGUCACGUCUCCACCACCCCCUCUUUUUCUAUCUAGAAAAUGCUUCUAUAAAGUUGAAAUUCCUAUAUUAGUUACUUAAAUGACUAUAAUACCCUUUUGUGCUAGUACUGUCUUCUUGAAUGUAAUCAUUUUGUACCUGUAUUUUUCUAAUUCAGUCUUGAUUGUACUGUACGUAUGCUAUGAUGGUAUACUGUUCCUUAGGUGCAUAGUUACAACCAUUCUCAUGACAGGAUAGGUGCUGUGCUGCAAACUCAAUGGAAAUGUGUGGAGAUUUUAAGUCCAAAGGACUUACUGUACCAUGUGAGCGUCCAUGAGACUGAUAACUGAGAGAUUCUUGCAGUUUGAGUGGUGGAAUAAUAGCUUUCCCUGGUUUGCUACUUCUUUUUCCUUUGCAGUAAAAGUGAAAGUCUGUUCAGGACAGUUUAUGAAACAGGGACACUCCUGCAAUCAGGCAGAACAACUGAAUGCUUGAGUUUCAACUUAUUUAUUACUGUUCCUUUUUAUAGUUUUAGUCGAAUAAAAAACAAUGAAAUAUACAACUGAAUAUGCAUCCAUUUAUACAUGAACAUGUAUAAGAUAAUCUACCCUUUACUGGAAUGUAGAUCAUGGCUUCCUUUUGUUUUUGUUCUUUUGUUAAGAGGAGGUUAUGCCAGAUCUUUUGAGUCUUCUUUCCUCUGAUAGUUUGUACAACAUGUGCUUAAUCUAAUUUAUCUUAUUGGUAAUCAUCAUGACAGAUAUGUUUUUUGAUUGUUACAGCCCAGUUGUUAAAUGCAGCCUUAUUGGAACCCCUGCUUAGUGAGGGAUCCCUUAACCUCCCACUAUCCCUACUCCGCCCCACCCACAACUCCUAUGUCAUAACACUGUUUGCUGAUGCAACUAUUAUUCCUUUUACACUUUCUGCUGACGCAAUUAUUACUUCUUGAACACCUAUUAAAAUAACAUCUAUUA